AUGCCGGGCUUGGACCGAGUCUUGGUGUCCUUUACGCGUAGGCAACUCUUCACAGUCGAUGCCUUUCCCUACCCACAAGAGGCCGACUCCAAUGUCGCCUCAAUUCUGAAUUCCCUCUGCGACGCUAUCGCGCCAUACUGCCCGUACGAGACCAGCACCGACUCAGCCAACAACAACGCCGCAAUAUCGCACUACUCAAUAAAGACACUCGAAACCUCUCAAGGCCGCGACAGAGCACAGGAUUACGGCACCAUGUCCUUCUCCUCCAAAGCCUCAUACAAGAUUACAUUUACCGCAUUCGCAGACCUGAGCAUCGAGUUUCGCGACUUCGCGCUUCUUGCGCGUCUCGCGACGCAAAUCGGCUCUAUGGAAAAUGUAAAAAUAAAAUCGCUAGAAUGGAUACUUACGCCGUCGACCCGAGCUACUGUAGAGGCCCAGGCACGUAAAGAAGCAGCGAGGCAUGCGAUCCGCAAGGCCAGAGACUACGCGGAGGUUUUUGGCGGGUUGAGCGAGGAGGAGGCAGCGAGCAAGGUCAGAGCGGUAUUGGUGAAGGAGGCUGUGCCGUACAAGACGGUUACGAAGUCGAAAGUGCACAUUGGGAAGGCGAAGAGUGAAUGGAUGCAGAAGAGUGAAUGGGAUUAUGAGCCUCUGGAUGUGGGGAUUGAAGUUAAGGUUGAUGGUAGAUUUGCGGUUGAUGAGUAG